ACAAAAAUCUCCAUCGCUCCGCACCGCAGCUGCGCGCCAAGCUCGCUUCCAAUUCCCCUUCCCACAAAAAUGGCCGCCGCGCCGGUGGCCUCCGCCUUCCCCGCGCCCCCCUCACCCUCCUCCUUCCUCAGCACGUCCACGCGCCGUCGUCACAGCCGCGCACUCCCACCACCACCAGCCGCCUCGCCGCGCGAGCUGCCGCCGCCGCAGCAGCAGCGCGCGGCGUCCAACACCGUGGAGAGGAGGCGGCGGCGGGAGGAGGAGGAGCAGGCGGAGGCCGAGGCGCAGGAGUUCGAGAAGCAGCGGAAGGAGGAGGUGAACCGCAAGAUCGCCUCCCGGAAGGCGCUCUCCAUCAUCCUCCGCCGCGAGGCCACCAAGGCCGUCCUCGACAAGCGCGUGCCCGGCAAGGGCACCCGCCGCCUCCUCCCCCGCACCGUCCUCGAGUCCCUCCACGACCGCGUCGCCGCGCUCCGCUGGGAAUCCGCCCUCAAGGUGUUCGAGCUAAUGCGGGACCAGGUGUGGUACAGGCCGUACGUCGGCGUGUACAUCAAGCUCAUCACCAUGCUCGGCAAGUGCAAGCAGCCGGAGAAGGCGCACGAGCUCUUCCAGGCCAUGCUCGACGAGGGCUGCGCCCCCAACCUCGAGUCCUACACGGCCCUCGUCUCCGCCUACAGCAGGAGCGGCAGCUUCGACAGGGCUUUCUCCCUGCUUGAUCAGAUGAAGGCCACCCCUGGCUGCCGGCCCGAUGUCCAGACCUACUCCAUCCUCAUCAAGUCCUGCUUGCACGCCUAUGACUUCGACAGGGUCAAGGGUUUGCUGGAGGAUAUGGCGAAUGCGGGCAUCCGCCCCAACACCGUGACCUAUAAUACUCUCAUUGAUGCUCAUGGGAAAGCAGGAAGGUAUGCUGAGAUGGAGUCAACUCUUCUCGAGAUGUUGUCUGAAAACUGCAAACCUGAUGUGUGGACAAUGAAUUCUACUCUAAGAGCUUUUGGUAGCAGUGGUCAGAUUGAAACAAUGGAAAGCUGCUACGAGAAGUUCCAGGCUUCUGGUAUCUAUCCAAACAUAAAGACGUACAACAUUUUACUUGAUUCCUAUGGUAAAGCUAAAAUGUAUGAGAAGAUGGGAGCUGUGAUGGAGUACAUGCAGAAGUAUUACUAUUCCUGGACAAUAGUCACGUACAAUGUCGUUAUUGAUGCAUUCGGAAGGGCUGGGGAUCUUGAACAAAUGGAAUAUAUCUUUAGACUGAUGAAAUCUGACCAUAUAAAGCCUAACUGUGUUACCCUCUGUUCGUUGAUUCGAGCUUAUGGAAGGGCUGAUCAAGUUAAGAAAAUAGAGACAGUGUUAAGGAUUGUCGAGAAUUCAGACACAGCGUUGGAUAUUGUGUUCUUUAACUGUUUGGUGGAUGCAUAUGGGAGGGUGGGAUGCUUGGCAGAGAUGUGGGAUGUUCUCAAUAUGAUGAAGAUAGAACGAAUAAAACCAGACAAGGUAACCUGCACUACCAUGAUUAAAUGGUUUCUCGUCAAGGGGAUUGAUGAUCAUCGUGUUCAGUACCUACGUGACCUAAAAGAUGGGAGAUCUACAGAUAAUAAGUAGGUCUGAACAUUGAAACAGCUACUGACCUGAUUGAUAUUGUUCUCUGCAUUUGCUCCAAGGAGAUGGAACAACCUGUGUCAAAUUCUCACUCAGUUUGCACUUCAAGAGAUGCAUCAAUUUUAUUAUUCUCUUUGAUGCCCUUAAGGAGUAACUUGAAUGUUACUGAAUCAAUCAUUUCUUGGAGGCAAUUUAGAGUCACAAGUUCUGUUGUAGAAGUUCAGCAACAGAAAUACAGAACUAUCUGGUAGCAUAUUUUGGAUAGCAAAGUUUCCUAUGAUUAUGCCAUCCCAAGAAUUAGUUGAUGUUUGCAAAAGGAUGCUAAGCUGGUUUUUUGCGAACGAAGAAAAGUUGGACAGGAGAGAGAAAUUUGAAGCACUAUAUCUGUAGCUGUGCAUAUUGUGGCAAUCAUAUAGAACUAGGGGUACGCAGGUGACAUUGGUCUGUGUCAUUGUGCCGUGAUGUAUUUAUAGUACAGCUGAACAUGGCAUCAUUUGUCAUACAGGCUUACGCAAAGAUGGACAGAAACUUAAUAUGUUACUCCCUCCGAUUCAAAUUAAUUGAGUCAACUUUGUCUAGAUAUGGAUUUACCUAGACAUGUUUUAGCUCUAGAUACAUGCAUAUCUAGUCAAAGUUCAGUCAAUUAAUUUGGAUUGGAGGGAGUAACAAAAUUAAAUGUUGUAGUGCUCUACUAUUAAAAGUGUAGGAAAUGACUUAGGUGAUUUUUUGGUAUUUUAUAUGCUCCAUCCGGCCCAAAUUAAUUCACGCAGUUCAGGAGUACACCUCACAUUGGGCUGGAGGGAGUAACAUUGUUUUUGAGCGGUUUUCACCUCACGUUGUGGCUGUCAUUGUCCUUAAAAAAACUGGCACCUAACAAAUGGACUAAGGAAUUGUUGUAAAA